GUGCGUGCAUACAGGUAUGCAAUCGACACACAUGGUCAGCUUUUCCUACAUGAUACAGUUCCCAAGAACCUAACGUCAUGCUACAAAAAUCCUGAAUUUCUCAACUUUUUCUUUACACGAAUUCGUCGGAAUUAUGCCGAGGCAGCCAAACCUGAAACAGUCGCAAAUCUAGAUGAGGAAUGGACUGAGACGGGUACUUAUUCUGCUGAUCAAGUAUUACAGCUUGGUAGAGCACAAGGCUAUCAUUGGCUAUCACCUUGUCAAGGAGAAUAUAACAUCAUUCGAUCUGCCGAUUCUCCGAUUGUAUUUCGUGAACUGAGCGAAGAUGGAAUACUAAGUUGGGCAGGUACACUCCAAACAGAAUUUAAUCCGUCUGCUUUGAAAGUUGAUGCAGAAACAGGAUACGUUUAUCAUCCUUCGCCCGUACCACCUUUGACUUCCCUGCGAAAACAAGUCACCAAAGAUUUCCAUCCUUACGGAGCUUACAGUCUUUUAUCCUCUGCUCUUGUUCUACAAAGGCUUGCUACCGGCUUGGACAUCGAUCCAGAUGCAUUUGCUGAUCAACAUGGAGGCAGCAUUGAAUGGCACGGUAAGAGGUAUAAUAUGGGUAUCGUUCAGGAUGGAAUAGAU